GUACAUCUAAAUAAGGUUUAUUUUUUGAGCAAAAUGUUGGAACUACAUUGAAAAAUCGGAUACAUAGUGUGGAAAAUGUCACACCCAAGGAGCAAAAUGGCGGAAGCUAUUCGUUGACGUCGAUGAUCUGAAUGAACAACAAUAAUAGACUAUAAUAAUAUGAUUCACAGUUGAUUUACAAACCUCUUAUAAAGAUUUAACAAACUCAUAUUAAGCUUAUUAAAAAACUCAUGAUCAGUAAGUAGUUUGAAAAAUCCUGAAUCUAUCAAGAAGUUCAAAGCAAAAAAAUUUAAGAAAUGAUGGCUGGGCAGCAGAUUAUGGUAAACCAUGGGCCAGAGGAUCUUAGAGUAAAACAUCAACCUGGAAUGCGCAGUACAAACAGAGAUGUUCAUGGAAGACUAAGUAUUGAUCCAGAAAUUAGAUUUACUAAACUUGAAAAAAUUGGAAAAGGGUCUUUUGGUGAAGUAUUCAAAGGAAUAGAUACAGAAACUAAAGAAGUUCUAGCUAUUAAAAUAAUAGACUUAGAAGAAGCUGAGGAUGAAAUUGAAGACAUUCAACAGGAAAUAAUGGUUUUGUCACAGUGUGAUAGUCCAUAUGUGACCAAAUACUAUGGAUCAUAUCUUAAAGGUUCAAAAUUGUGGAUAAUUAUGGAGUAUUUAGGAGGAGGCUCGGCUUUGGAUUUGAUGAAGGCAGGAACCUUCACUGAAAAUGAUAUUGCUAUAAUUCUUAGAGAAAUAUUAAAAGGAUUGGAUUACUUGCAUUCUGAAAGGAAACUUCACAGAGAUAUUAAAGCUGCGAAUGUGUUACUGUCCGAGCAAGGUGAUGUUAAACUUGCUGACUUUGGUGUUGCUGGUCAACUUACCAAUACAACAAACAAAAAACAAACUUUUGUGGGAACUCCAUUUUGGAUGGCACCUGAAGUUAUUAAGCAGUCUGCUUAUGACACAAAGGCUGAUAUAUGGAGUUUAGGAAUUACAGCCAUUGAAUUGGCAAAGGGUGAACCUCCCAACUCGGAACUUCAUCCCAUGAGAGUGCUUUUUUUGAUUCCUAAGAAUAAUCCUCCUCAGUUGACUGGGAACUAUUCCAGAGCAUUUAAAGAAUUUGUGGAGCUUUGUUUAAAUAAAGACCCUAACAAUAGACCAGUAGCGAAAGAGUUAUUGCGUCAUCCAUUUAUCCGUCGUGCUAAGAAGACUGCAUACCUUACAGAAUUAAUUGAUCGCUAUAAAAGAUGGAAAGCUGAGAAAGGGCCUGACAGUGAUAGUGACAGUGAUGGAUCGGGAGAUAACAGUGAUGAAGAGGAACUUAAAGACCAGUGGAUUAUGACAAUUAAAGAACACAAACUAAAUGGAUUACAAAAUAAUGAAAAUUCACCCAGAAAGCCGACUCUUAGUCCUAAGAAUCAGGCUCCUCCUGCACCUGUUGUACCUAUCGUUACACCCGCUACAGAAGCACCACCUGCCCAACAGGAUCUGACUAACAACUUAACUCCUGCUAUAGCAAAGGCUCCAGUUCAUCAUGGACGAAGUGAUUCAGACCCAGCUAAAAAUCAAGAUGUUCACGGAAGCUCUAGUAAUGAAAUUGCUCCUAAACACAACCGCAGUCGUUCAGAUAACUUAGUGCCUUUAGCCCCUAGUUCUAGGUAUACACAUGUAACGCAACCCUUAAAUGAAAGGCCAAAAUCUCAAUAUGAUUUGCCAAACUAUGUCAACAAAAAUACCAGUAACAAGAGCAGUAGCAGCGCUGAGAUUGAUUCUCAUAGGCAACCCCCACAUCUUUACAAACAUGAUUUGCAGAAAAGUAACCCAACAACACCUCCAUUUGGAGGUUAUCAAGUUCUUCCUACUGCAGUUCCUUCCAGAGUUCAACCCUCACUUAGUCUAACAACUGCAGUUCAGCCAAUUUUAACACAGUUACAAGAAGAAUACAACAAUGAAUUUCGAAGAAUUGGAAGACCGCUGCCUUUAUUGGAAGUUAUCAGGGAGUUGCAGAAUGCUUUUGACCUUGCUGAACGGUCCUGUCCAGGUCUUACUGAUGAUUUAGUCUCUGGAAUAUUUACUAGACUCCUGGUAACACCAUCAUCAUCACAAAUGCUGCUACAGUCUCGAGAAGUUGAUGCCAAACGAGCCAUGGAAAAAAUUAAAAGAUCAAUAUAAAACUGUUGUGAGAAGCAUGUACAAUUUCUUCAAAUCUUCACAGAUAAAGUAUUUUCAAAAAAAAAAAGCUAGGAUUCAUUGGCUCUAACAGGAAUCUGUGAAAGAAGAUAAAUUCACUAUUUUAAGUACUUCAAUUUCAUUUGUUUAAGCUUGUAAUAGAAACGAGAUAAGCCAAUUAUUUCAUAAAAAUUAAAACUUGCAUACAAUUUUUCCCAUUUCCCAAAAAGUUGUUUAGAAUUGUUCAUAGGUUAAAAUGUCAAAUUUUAUUGGUUAACGUUAGUAAAAUUAAUACUUAUUGAAUGUAUUCAAUUAUUAAAAUUUUUAAAAAUAUUAUUUAAAUUAUUAUAUGUAUGAAAACCACAUUUAAAUAUGUAGCUUUACCAACAAUUUCCUUUAAAUAUUUAGGUUAUUAUGUAUUUGGUGUAAUUCUGCAAUUAAAUAAAUAAUCUUGAAAUAAGUGUUCAGUAAACCAUCAUAUAUUUAAACAGUUAGAUAUUUUAAAACAUUAUGUUAAACAAGCUCUGGUUUUUUUAAUAGCAAUUUUUCAGUUAUUUUGUUUAAUUAACUGUAGUAGUUUUAAAUAAUAAUGGAUAUGUUAUUCUGCCUGGCCAAGUAGGCAGAGUGCACUAUUAGAUUUCACUUGGCUUUCUGCACAUUUGUUUUUAUAUUCUGCUGUACUGAAUUACAGCAUAUUAUCUUCUAUGUUUAAAAAAUAAUAUAAACAAGCAAAUGUCUUUUUGAACUGACAAGAUUAAGACUUAAAAAUGGUCCUUGAAAAAAUGCUAGUUAAUUUAAAAAUAGUUGGUUUUGUCAAUUAACUGAAUUCUUUUAAGUAUUGUUUUGGUAAGAUGUAAGGUAAUUAGGAGUUAUAAGGGUAUAUUUUGCUUUUUGUAUAUCUAAAAUUUAAUUUUUUUAUAUUGAAAAGUGACAUAGGUACAACAGUCAAAUAAUCUUUUUUUUUAAAAUUAUGAGAUCAUUAAUCCAUUUUAAUUUAAGGACCUAUUCUCAUUUAUGAAUUUGAGAAAAUAUUGAUACUUAUUAUUGAUUAUUAAACCUCAUCGAAAAGUUUUAAAAGUAUAUAAAUGUUUUAACUAUUUGUUAAAACAAAAUGUAUUAAAUAAUUUAAUCUUUAUUGGUAAAUUUCAAUUGUGAUAAAUUUAAGCAAAUAUGAGUUUAUGUUGCUUUAUAGAGCUUGACUUGAAGUUCAACAAAGCCGUCAAGUAAUCAUUUCAGAGGACAUUGAUUCAAAUAUUUCUCAUGCUGUAUAUAGUUGCUUUCUUUUUUAUAACUAAUAAAAAUUAUCUUAACUGAAAAAUGUGUCAUUGUAUUGAAAUGGUUAAAUUUAGUAACAAUCAUAUUACCUCACUGUUCAAGUUUUUAAAAACAGGCUUUUUUUUUCUGUUAUUUUUUUUUAAAAUGUGACUAAAAUUUUAAUGAGUCUGGAAAUCAUUUUUAUAUUGAAUGAUUCCUACAAGAUCAGUUGGUAAAUUGUGAAAUUACUUUCUUACUUGGUUUAAAAUUAAAUGCAAUAUUCUUUCUAUUAUAUUAUUUUCAUUGUGUUGCAUUUUCUUUAUUUAUAUUCUAGAAAAGAAUAUUGUAUAUUAAGUUUUUUACAUUAAACAAGAUUAGUUUUGAUUUCAGUUAAGUUUGUGUUAAUUGAUAUAACUUUCAAAAACAAUAACAUUUUAUGCCAACAGCUCCAUGCAUUUUCUAUUGGUCCAUGUAACAUUCAUAUGAAAUUAUUUGUGGACAAAAAUUGUUUUAGAAUUUUAGUUUAUAUAUAUUCAAAUCUAAUUUAGCUUUUAACUUUUCAUUGGGUUUAAUAGUACAAAUCUCCAAUCUGUCAUAACAAUCUGAUUGCAAACACACUAUGCAUUUAUAUUGAACAAUUUCUUUAUAAAUAUAACAAUUUUCUCUAUUUGCACCAUGUUCCAAUAUUUAAUCAUUUUUUAGUAUUGUGGGAAUCUAUUACAAUCGCAGGGUAUAAAAUUUCAUAAAAUGCAAAUUUUAAAGAUGUGUUUGAAUUUUUAAAAUAUUCAAAAGAUAAGCUUGCAAGGAUACCCUAUGUUAAUUUUGCAACAGCUUAUAUUAUUACAAACUGUUAUUGUCAGCUUGUGGUUAUUUCUUUAGUUUAUAUCGACACAUAGCUAUGAAAUCAUGUAUAAGGCAUGGCUACAAUAAUAUUUCAAAAGGAGAUUAUUGCUUCUUUUAAAAUUAAACGAGAUUACUAUUAACUGUAGUUCAUUUACAGCAGGUUGUUACAUGUUCAUACCAUUCCUAUUUAUAAUGCAGUAGAGACAAGUGUGAUAUAUGGACAGAUUUAACAACUACUCUUUUAAAGAUCUUGCAUUUUUCUCUCUUGUUUUGCUGUAAUAAUAAUUAUGGAGAAUAGGUCAGUUAUUAAAUUAUAAACCAAACAAGAAAUUCUAAUUACAUAACUUAAAGUGAUGUUAUGAAAUAUAUAGACAAUGACAUAUUUCAAUUAUUUUGUGAGUCUACUUAACAUAAAAGUACCACUUAUGCAUGACAGGGAAGAAAGUUUGGCGCAUUUGAAGAAAACUAUCUGGCUAUAACUUGACAAUUUUUUGCUCUUAAAUUAGGACACUAGUUGUUUAAUUUUUAAAGUAAGCCUGACUUGGUUUGGUAGAGGAUGAGCAUAAUUUUGUUUAUUUUAGAGUUUUAUGAAAGGUGGCUGUAGACACCUUGUCUUACUGAGUCCAGCAGUUUUUAAUUACCACUACAUGGAAAUUUUAAAUUAUAUUUUUUAACCUGCUCUUGCUGAAAUGAUAGAAUAUUUCUCAUUCAAUGAGAAGUCAACUAUUUUUGAAACAAAAUAUUUGUAUGUCAAAGCACUUUAUUUCCUUACACAAAGGAGAACCGAUUAUCUCCUAGUUAUACUUCCAGUCUAGAUAAUAUAAAAAAUAAGGUGGCUCUAAAAUCAAGUUGACUGAGCCUCCUUCUGCCAGAGCCAACCAGCUUUACUAAAUAGAGUAUAUAUAAUAUAUAUAUAUGAGAGAGAGAAAAAAUUAUUAAGCUUUCUCAUUAGGUUUAUGGUAUGUCAUAUCAUAACUACAAAUUUACUGUAUAUUUUGAAAUUAACAUCUCUGUAUCUCUAUAUAUUGUGUGAUACUUUCAUACUACAUUCCAUUUUUGUGUGGAUUUAGACUGAAAUAUACUGAUAUAUAUAUAUACAUAUAUAUAUAUAUAUAUAUAUAUAUAUAUAUAUAUAUAUAUAUAUAUAUAUAUAUAUACAUACAUUAUUAUUAGAUCUUGAAUGUGGAAAUCUAAGACAAUGUGUGUAAAUGUAAUACAAAUUUAUGUGACUUAUUAUCUAUUCAACUCUUGAAAGUGAAUAUAAAUUAUAGCCUUAAUAAAAUAUGAAUGUAAAAAAAACAACUGAGAUUGCAGAAUGUCUUUAAAUAAAAUUGUUUCUUUGAAGGGAUUUAUCUCCUCAUGCCUUAAAAAUGGCCAUCAAAAAUUUGUGUGAUAACAUGAUGAAUCCAUGAAUAACUGAUUGUGAUCAUAUUAUAACCAUUAAGUUUUCAUUUUAAACAUUUGUGUCUUAUUUUAUGUUCACAAUUUGAGUGAUUUAACUGCAUAGCAUUUGUUGACUUUGUUGAAUUUCCUCAAAUGAUGUGUCAAAUUUUGUGAAAAAUUGACAUGUAUAUAAAAGAUUGUUUAAAUUGUGCUUUAAAUUACAUACAUAAAACAAACCAGUCUGUAACUAUAAUUAUAAAAACAUAAAAUUAUUCAAUAAAUAUGUAUUUAUAUUACAUUGUAUGAUUUAUAGAAAUAAAUAUUACU